GAGAGUGAAGGUGGGUUUGAAUGAAUCAACUACAAAGACAGAAAGUGCUUGAUCCCACCUCACACAGGCUGUAAGAGCAUAACGUGUGGGUCCCACUUGACUCUUCAUACCACCUCAGUCUUCUCCUCUUCAUCUUCUUCCUUCUCAUCACCAUUUUCCACAACACAAUCACAAACCCAACCAUGAAAAUCUUCAACCCUUUCUCUCUCCUCGUCUUCCUCUCCUUCACCACCAUCUCCAUCUCCUCCCACCUCUUCUCACCCCUCGACAACUACCUCAUCAACACCGGCUCCACCCUCUCCACCACCUUCAACAACCGUCUUUUCACCCCUGAACACUCUUCUUUUUCCACCUCCCCCCAUUCCAUCUCCAUCACAAACCAAAACCCAUUUCCCAAUUCACCUUCCAUCUACCACACCGCUAGGGUUUUCACCAAAUCAACCAAAUACACUUUCCCUGUUAAAACUAAAGGGACCCACUUUGUCCGUUUUCAUUUCCACGCCUUUAAUUCAUCGAAUCUUGAUCUGGGUCAUGCUAAAUUUCAAAUCUUGGUUAAUGGGUAUGUUGUUUUAAGCAAUUUUACACGUUUUCUUAGUGAUUGUGUAAAAAACCCUAGGGUAGUUGAAUAUCUUAUUUGGGUUGAUUAUGAAAAGGUGGAGAUUGUAUUUGUACCGGAAAAAGAUUUGAAUUUUGGGUUUGUGAAUGCUAUUGAGGUGGUUUCUGCACCUAAUGACCUUGUUCUUGAAACAGCACAGUUUUUGAGUGAAGAGGGUUUGAAGAGUUUUGAUGAUUUGAAUAAACAAGCUUUUGAAGUUGUUUAUAGGGUUACGGUUGGCGGUCCUAAAGUUACGCCUUUUAAUGAUUCCUUGUCGAGGACUUGGGUUACUGAUGAUGAGUUUCUGAAAUCAAGUGAUGGGUCCGAGAGGUUUUAUUUUGGGGGUAGGAUUAAUUAUCGUGUUGGAGGAGCGAGUCGUGAGGUUGGACCGGAUAAUAUUUAUAAUACGGCUAGGUUGAUUAAAAGUAGGAAUGAUUAUGUGCCGAAUGUUAAUAUGACUUGGGUGUUUCCAGUUGUGGGUGGAUAUAAGUAUCUUGUUAGGUUGCAUUUUUGUGAUAUUGCUAGUAUUUCGAUGCGGUUGUUGUAUUUCAAUGUUUAUGUGAAUGGUUAUUUGGCUUUAGAAGAUUUCGAUCUCUCUUUAGUAACAAAUGCGCUGGCUUCCCCGUUUUACGCUGACUUUGUUGUUGAUGGAGAUAGUAGUGUUGGGGCUUUGAAUGUUAGUAUAGGUCCUUCAAAGAGCAGCCUUGCACAUGUCGUUGAUGGUAUGUUGAAUGCAGUCGAGGUUAUGAAGUUGAACAAUACUCACAAGAGUCUUGAUGGAAACGUUUGUGCUAAUUUUGUUCUCAAUAGUCACCGGUCAAGUGGAAAUACGGGUAUUUUGCUUACUUUGGCUGCUGCUGCUUGCAUUGUGCUAAGUUUAUCCAUAGUGAUUCGCAGGAGGAUUGUUGAGUCAAGGGAAACUGUAUCAUGGUCAAGGUUGCCUGUGAAUUUAUCGGAGGACAGUGUAAAGGGUUAGACCAGCAACAUAUAGUUUUGUUAAAUGAAAAAUGCGAUUUGGCAAUAUUUUUAAUCUGCAAGUAAAUAAGUUGUUUGUAAAAUAUCAGUACCAAGGAUUUGAAAGGCUGACUAAUACCACUUUUUAGGGAUUGUUGUAAUGUAUCUAAGUUGUCUUACUUGUUUAUAUAAUAAUAUUAAGCCAUACCUUUGGCCAUUACAUUUUGUAUUUCAAUCAUUUUUCGUUAUGCUCUGUUUUUCUAAUGUUGUAGCUUUCAUCAUUGUAAAUUUGUAAUGGUUUGAAGUGUGAAAAUGAUUAUGUAACCUUCAUAUUGAGAGUAGUAAUGAGUUUGCUGAUGGCCCAA